AGGCCGAGACAGUAUCGGGGCCGGGAAGGUCACUCACCCCUAAAGGGAGAGGCACCGUGCGCGGCCCCUUCCUAUCCUAUGUGCGGAGACGCACAGGGUCCUGGUCCUGGGCUCGGGACCGUGAGAGACGCAGUUGGUUCCGAGUUCAGGACCAGGGGUCCCCUUAGAUCCUCAGAUCCUGCAGAAUCCCGCCUCUGCCCCAGUGGGAGCCAAGGCCAGGUCGCCAGAGGGACUGUCCGCCGGCUGGAGGCUGUGUGCAGGACCCACGCCUCCCAGGCUAGCGAGCGGGCAGCGCCCCGGGGCUGCGCUCCCACGGGGCCGGCCCCUGCCCUGCCCUGCCCUGCCCCUAGCCCGCAGCGGCGCAAGUGGAACCGCAUCCCGCUCUUUCGUUUUCGUUUCCCGGAAGGAUAGCGAUUACCGGAGCGCCUCGCGCGCCUGCCCGCCUGCGGAGGACCCGGGCGCACACGCCUUGGCGCUUCUCGAAAGAGAUUUCCUCCCACGCGACCUUCCAGUUCUCGGAGCCAGGUUAGGGGUUUGGCGGAGGAGGACUGCGGGGCGCGGGCCUAGGGCCCCAGCAGCCACAGCCAGGGGAGCGCUCAAGACAGAAAGCCGGUGGCUUCCUCACCUCCACCUGUAAUGCAGGAGGGAGAAUUGGCUAUUUCUCCUAUAAGCCCUGUGGCAGCCAUGCCUCCCCUAGGCACCCACGUGCAAGCCAGAUGUGAAGCUCAAAUUAACCUGCUGGGUGAAGGGGGGAUCUGCAAGCUGCCAGGAAGACUCCGCAUCCAGCCCGCACUGUGGAGCAGGGAGGACGUGCUGCACUGGCUGCGCUGGGCAGAGCAGGAGUACUCUCUGCCAUGCACCGCAGAGCACGGGUUCGAGAUGAACGGACGCGCCCUCUGCAUCCUCACCAAGGACGACUUCCGGCACCGUGCGCCCAGCUCAGGUGACGUCCUGUAUGAGCUGCUCCAGUACAUCAAGACCCAGCGGCGAGCCCUGGUGUGUGGGCCCUUUUUUGGAGGGGCCUUCAGGCUGAAGACGCCCACCCAGCACUCUCCUGUCCCCCCAGAAGAGGUGACUGGCCCCUCUCAGAUGGACACCCGAAGGGGCCACCUGCUGCAGCCACCAGACCCAGGGCUUACCAGCAACUUCGGCCACCUGGAUGACCCUGGCCUGGCAAGGUGGACCCCUGGCAAGGAGGAGUCCCUCAACUUAUGUCACUGUGCAGAGCUCGGCUGCAGGACCCAGGGGGUCUGUUCCUUCCCCGCGAUGCCGCAGGCCCCCAUUGACGGCAGGAUCGCUGACUGCCGCCUGCUGUGGGAUUACGUGUAUCAGCUGCUCCUUGAUACCCGGUAUGAGCCCUACAUCAAGUGGGAAGACAAGGACGCCAAGAUCUUCCGAGUUGUGGAUCCAAAUGGGCUCGCCAGACUCUGGGGAAAUCACAAGAACCGGGUGAACAUGACCUACGAGAAGAUGUCUCGUGCCCUGCGCCACUAUUAUAAGCUUAAUAUCAUUAAGAAGGAACCGGGGCAGAAACUCCUGUUCAGCUGUAACACUCACCGCGAAAGUCUGCAGCUUCACUCCUGAAGCCAGCGAGCCCACGAGCCCACCAGGAAGAAAGAACGACUCCAGAUGCGCUGCCUUAAGAGCUGUAACACUCACCGUGAAGGUCUGCAGCUUCACUCCUGGAGCCAGCGAGCCCACGAGCCCACCGGGAGGAACGAACGACUCCAGACGCACUGCCUUAAGGGCUGUAACACUCACCGCGAAGGUCUGCAGCUUCACUCCUGAGCCAGUGAGCCCACGAGCCCACCAGAAAGAAGAAACUCCAAACACAUCCGAACAUCAGAAGGAACAAACUCCAGAUGCGUCAUCUUAAGAGCUGUAACACUCACCGCGAGGGUCCGCGGCUUCAUUCUUGAAGUCAGUGAAACCAAGAACCCAUCAAUUCCGGACACAUUAUCACCUUCUCACCCUAGAGCUGCAUACCUGGCUCAAGAGGGACUGUCGAAAUGAAUUUAUCCAGGCCCUCAUUUUACAGAGAAGGGAACUGCCGCCAGAGCGAAGUGACUUGCCCAAGAUCACAUGGCCCAGCCCAGCUUCCUGGCUCCUGAAGCCACCUCAUUUCCUCUUCUCGGCAUUGUGGUUGGGUUCAAGAUGAAGCAGGAGGAUGGAUUCCUAGAUCACUUCUUCCAGUUAUAAGUGGUGUUUGCCUGUUGGUGGGUUGAUGGAUGUCAACAGCUACAUUUCCCAGGGAUGAGGCCUUACUUAACUCAGGCAAUGAAUCUCACCCAGCACUGAGACCAUCACGGCCAGGGGUGGGCUACUAGGAGAGCAGGCAUGAACCACUGCCAGAGAUCCCGACUCCGGAACUCUGCCCUCAGCCCUGGGGCCAUGCCACCUUUUCUCCAUCUCCCCAGGGAGAUCAGGCCGUGGUCUGGGGAUGGACCCCUGGGUGCCCAGAGUAAGGCGGUUCAUUUAGGCCUUCCUUCUACAAACAUCAAUUGAGUACCUGCUGUGUACCGGGCACCAGGUGAGGCAUUGAGUUUAUAUCCAUUUUUCAUACAAUUAAAGUCCUGAAAAGUGGCAGGUCAUUGAAAAUGACAUAUGUCAAAGUGAACUUCUCACAAAUAAUUUUUUUUUUUUAGGUGUUUUGCUGUCACUCAGGCUGGAGUGCAGUGUUGUGAUCUCAGCUCACUGCAACCUCUGCUUCCUGGGUUCAAGUGAUUCUCCUGCCUCAGCCUCCCGAGUAGCUGGGACUACAGGCACCCGCCACCACACCAGCUAAUUUUUUUUUUUUUUUGAGACAGAGUCUCGCUCUUUCACACAGGCCGGACUGCAGUGGCGCGAUCUCGGCUCACUGCAAGCUCUGCCUCUCGGGUUCACGCCAUUCUCCUGCCUCAGCCCCCUCCCCGAGUAGCUGGGACUACGGGUGCCCGCCACCGCGCCUGGCUAAUUUUUUGUAUUUUUAGUAGAGACAAGGUUUCACCAUGUUAGCCAGGAUGGUCUCGAUCUCCUGACCUCGUGAUCCGCCCGCCUCGGCCUCCCAAAGUGCUGGGAUUACAGGUGUGAGCCACCGCGCCCGGCCACACCAGCUAACUUUUGUAUUUUUAGUAGAGACAGGGUUUCACCGUGUUGGUCAGUCUGGUCUCGACCUCAGGUGAUCCGCCUGCCUUGGCCUCCCAAAGUGUUGGGGUUACAGGUGUGAGCCACCGCACCCAGCCAACAAAGAAUUUUAAAAAGCAGGAGAUACAUUCUCAUGGUUUGAAAAAGUGGCCAGGCAUGAUUACAUUACAGUUAAAGAAUUGACAAUAGAUAAAGAAUUUAUGAAAAAUGAGUAUAAUAAAAAGUUCAUUAAUGAAACAAA